AUGCUCCCGGCAGGUCGGUGCGGGGCGGAGCGGGUGCGAGGGCGGGGAGGCUGCCCCCGCGUUGUUGUCCAAGGGUGGUGUUGGAGCGUGGAGAACCCUGGCGUGAGGCGUUCUGCGCUUUGCCAUGAAGAAGCUGAGUGUUUAGUGGGCGCGCACCCUCCAAUCCAGGUACCUAUAAGUGCCUUAGAUACUGCAGGAGCACAUGGCAUUGCAGACUCUACCAACUGUGGAUUCAGUGAAAGUGGCUACAUUCAGAAGUCUCUCUCGAGGAACCUGGUUUGGCACAAGUGUGCAAGAAACCUCAUUUUACCCAGUCCAGACCUUACUGAGCUUAGUAAGAAGGAUGAAGAUGUCAGGGUUGAUUUUAUGCAGAUAGAGCAAGUGUUUGUUUUCACAUACAACUUAGCAAUUAGCAACAGAAAGUACAUAAAAGAUACGAAGGAUGUCCUCGUGAUAUAUGGACAAGAAGCAGAAGAGUGGGCACUGUAUUUAAAAUUUCUUUUUGGACACAUAGUGAGUGAGGGAGGAAUCUUACUCUACAAUCUAGAGACUUCAACUUUCAAGCACCAGGAGCUAUUCUCUUUACCCUCUUAUAAAUGUAAACUCCUGAUACUCUCGUGUGGACUUCUUAACUGCCUGAAUCAAGAGAGAUGUUAUUUUCUGGAACAAGUUCUGAAACCUCUAGAAAAUGUGGUAAUUCUGCUUUGUGGGGUGGAGAAUUCAAGGAUUCUUUAUGAGACACUGACCUUAGCUGGAGGCAGCAGAGAGAUUUCCACUGAUCAGAAACCUGAGGAAUAUAUCGCUGUUGUUACUGGAAUUAUUCAACCAGAUCACCAGACUAGCUCUGAUAUUAAUGUGUCAUAUGUCAGGGCAGCAUCAGAAACAACAGACUUCAGUUCUAAAAAUGAGGUGCUUUCUAAAAGUUUGAAAACUAAGGAGCAGUCGAUAUUGGUGCUUCCAAGAAGAGUAUCGUGUGAGAACCCUGGUGAAAUAUUCAUUCUGUUGAAAGAUGAAAUAGAUGAUGAAACUCUAGAAAUUGAAUUCAUAUCAGAUAAUCAACGAAUUAGAACACAGACAGCCUCUUGGAAUAAGAAGGUCAAGUAUGUAAAAGUCCUAGAUUUUCCUGCUGGCCCUGUAUAUGUAAAUGUCUAUUGUGGGGGAGUCAUUAAGACCACAGCACACAUUGAGUACUACACUGCACUAGAGGAGAUUGAGCCCAUUUUAAAGAAAGUGGCUGACCCAAUAGCUUUCACUUGUCAGACAUUGAAGUUUUCUUCUGUAGAGAAGGUGGACAAUGUUCUGACUUUGUUAUUGAAAAGCAAAGUAUCUACUUAUGAAUUCAGCCCGUUCCAAAGUGGAGAAGAGCAUCGCCAACAAGCUGAUAGCCAUUUGGAAGAAUUUCCUACUCUCCUUCACUGCAGAUUUGGAUUAAAGAACCUUGCAAUGUUUCUACUCAGUUGUCCUGAGGCCACAUGGGCUUGCAAAAUAACCAAUAAAUAUGGAGAUGAUCCAGAAAGUAUCGCAGAGAAACAUGGACACAAGGAACUAAGAAAAUUAAUCAAAGGAUUGUCAAUUAAUGCAGCAAAUAAUUUCGCCAGUUGCAGAGAGGAAGCAGAAGACAGUAACACUUAUGAGCUUAUGUUAGGCUUGGAAACUCAACCAGCCAUGAUAUUAAAAGCCAAGCAGAACCCAGGAGAUCAAUAUGGAAUUGGAUCGAGAUGCCAACACAAAGCUGAAGUGGAUGAGGAAAAGAAAGAUGAUGUAAGAGACAGCGGAGAGGAGACAGAACAUGAAGAUCAAGAAGAGGAAGAAUCAUAUAGCUUUCACAACAGUCCUGACGAUUUGUAUGCCAACAUACAGGAUGAUCUCAAAGAGAACAGAAGAGAUUGCUUUCUCUGUAAGAGGCCACCCCCUCCUCCCCCUCGAAAUCUGCCUGGCAUCCUAAGACAGGACAAUCUGCACAAAUCACAAGAGAGGAGUUUUGUGAUGGACCAGAACAAAAGAGAACAUGGUGGUGGACUCAAAACAGGGUGCUACAGAGAAGACCAAGAUACAUGCGAGGAAGACAGCGAGGAGGAACACCCAUACACUGCUGUGAAACUGGAGGAAUCUGUGUAUGAUUUCAUAGGGGGUGAGGUGGAGGAGAAGAGGAAACAUUGCGGGUCCUUUAUCGCGAACAGGCCGCCAGCCCCUGCCCCUCGUCCCACAUGUUCACUGGUCAGAGAGGAGAACACGCCCUAUAUAGCGCAAGUGUUUCAGCAAAAGGCCACUCGAGUGACCAGUGACAACAACAGGACAUAUUGCGACGCUAGGAAGCCCGCACACAGAGGCCACACUGACACAGCAACUUACAGCAUCGUGAAACACAACCUCCCUGCUGAACAGGAAGAACUCAUCCACUUGCAGGAACAGGUGAAAAAGGGGGCAAUUUCCGUGGAUGAAGCCCUGGACAGAUUUAAAUGGUGGCAGAAGGAAAAAGAGAGACUACAGUCCACUCAACAAGAAAAAGUGCAUCACCCUAGAGACACCACUAUUGGAAACAGACAAGAAAAUUAAAAUCUGAAUGUCUUCAAUUAAGAGCCCAACAGACAAGGAACAUAUGCCUAAUUAACAGAGGUAAGAGCACAUGUAUGAAUGUGUGCCACACACAC